CUGGUCUACCGUAUUGGCUUUAAACUGUCCUUAGCGGCGAGAAAUUGUACGCGCUUUCUUUUUUUUUUCUUUCUUUUUUUUUUUUUUUUAGCUUUCUCAAAAUCUCUCUUAAAGUGGAGGAAGACACAAACGGACCUUAAUGUCGCAGCAGAGAGAAAGUCGGACUUCUCUCGGCCUUUGGAAGAGCGCAGACAUUUGUUCGAAUCUCCAGCAGGAUAUUUAGCAGGUUGGUCUGACCAUCUUAGCCAACGAGCAUUUGAAGUCUUCACAGAGAGCUGGACAUAAAAUUACCUCCCCAAAGAUAAGGACUUAAACCAAUUGGUAUUUUAUUUCGGCACUUAAAAAAAAUCGAUACACUUUUGCACCCUCCGUACGUUUAUUUUUAAUCAUAUCAAGCCACGUGAGGUGUAAACAGAACGCUCCAGUGUUUGAACUUGUGAAUGGUUGUCAGGAUCUUAAUUCCACAGGUGUGUCUCUUUCUUCUUGUACUGAUCACUUCGGCGGUGUAAAGCACACCUCACAGACCCUGGUGUAAUGGUUGACAUGAUAAAGACGCGCCAAUGUCUGCUCGGUGUACGGACUUUCCUCGGCGUGACGUCCAGAAUAUGGAGCUUCUUCUUAUACAUCCUCAGGAAGCACAUCAGAACGAUAAUCCAGUAUCAAACAGUGCGAUAUGACAUUUUACCAUUGUCACCCAUCUCUAGAAAUGGACUCAACAACGUGAAGCGUAAGAUCCUAGUUUUAGAUCUUGACGAGACGUUGAUACACUCGCAUCACGAUGGAGUUCUCAGACCAACAGUGCGACCUGGCACGCCACCAGACUUCAUCCUUAAAGUGGUAAUAGACAAACACCCAGUCAGAUUCUUUGUACAUAAAAGGCCGCAUGUUGACUUCUUCUUGGAGGUGGUCAGUCAGUGGUAUGAGUUAGUAGUGUUCACUGCUAGUAUGGAGAUCUAUGGCUCUGCAGUAGCUGAUAAGCUGGACAACAACAAGGGAAUCCUGAAAAGAAGAUACUACAGACAGCAUUGUACACUGGACUCAGGUAGUUAUAUUAAAGACCUCUCUGUUGUACGUGACGACUUAUCAAGUGUAGUGAUUCUUGACAACUCGCCAGGGGCAUAUCGAAGUCAUCCAGAUUCACCGCAGAUGUACGAUCCGUCCUGAGCCGAAAUCUCCACCAGCAUCGACUCUGGUGAUCAUCCGACCGAGAGCUUUCUUCAAGCCCACCUUAUUUUAUUUUUUUCAACUGCUUCCCUAUAUGACAUCUGCCUGUCCAUUCACCCUAAACUCUGACUUGUCACCUCCCAACAACAGCCUUACAAAAGGGCUAUCAGAAAGGGGAGUCAAUUGUGAACUCAAAACCAAAAUGAUGAUGGAAAAGGCGAACAUUUGGAUGUGUUGGAAGUCAACUUUUUUCUUAGGUUUUCCCCCUCUUCUUCAUAAAAGAGUCUCUGCCUUACAGUUCUACCUAUGCUGAUCACAUGUGUGAGUUAUGAUUAUAUGUGUGUAUGAGAGGGCCUACUGCUUUUUAAAUAUUUGAAGAUAUGGAGUGACUGGAAACUGAGGAAAAAAAGACCUUUUCAUGAUUCAUCCUCAGUCCCAGUUUUGGACAUCAUACCUCACUUCAAAAGGUGGCACAAACAGAGGUCUGGUACAGAGACUGGCUUGUGAAGCCCAUCGUAAUUGGCCACCAACACUCUGCCCAUCUAAUAGAGCUCACUGGAAUAACUUGAUGACACGGAUUCCAACUGCCCAGUAGAUUUCAGGGUUAUUGUGGUAGAGUUGUAUAUGUUAUCGAGGUACAGUUUUGGAAGACAUGGGUUUUAAUGAUGUAUGUAUGGUAGACCUAUCCCUAUUUGGAUGUGGUGGAAAAUGUUUAACUUUUUUCUCCAUAUUCUGCAGCAAAUUUUAUUCUGGUCAAUUUUCAUCUUUUAUUCUUGGCAGUAAAUUAAUUUGAAUCAUGAUUAUCAGGGAAGAUAUAGUAUAAUAUGUGUUUUUGAGAAGCUGAACAACAGAUUUUAAGCCUUUCUGCUCUUAUUCUUCUCUACAGAAUGUAUUUGGUUGAUUAUGAAGUCCUACCACUUGAAAGCCUUUUUGCAAAUUUUUUUUUUCUCUCUUUUUCCUGAAAAUGUAAUAAUGGCAAGACUUGAAUUUAUACAAAUUGUACUUUAUUGUAUUGAAGAGAUGGCUGAGCAAAAAACACCCUUUUUUUACUCAAGGCCUUCUUGGUUUCUCUGUGCACCUGUCAUAUAAUGUCAGUUCUAUUCUCAUUUAACACUUGAUAAGUCUCAAGGCAGCCACUUGAUAAGUCUACCGGUCAGAGUGCCCAUGCUGACCCCUGUCCCCUGCCGAAACGCCUGCAAUGGACACGUGAGCGUCAGAACUGGACCAUGGAGCAAUGGAAGGAGGAUGCCUGGUCUGAUGAAUCACAUGUUCUUUUAGAUCAUGUGGUUUACCUUGGGAAGAGAUGGCAGCAGGAUGCACUAUGGGAAGAAGGUAGGCCGGUGGAGGCAGUGUGAUGCUCUGGGCAAUGUUCUGCUGGGAAACCUUGGGUCCUGGCAUUCAUGUGGAUGUUACUUUGAAACGUACCACCUACCUAAAGAUUGUUGCAGACCACGUACACCCCUUCAUGGCAAUGGUAUUCCCUGAUGGCAGUAGCCUCUUUCAGUAGGAUAAUGCACCCUGCCACACUGCAAAAAUUGUUCAGGAAUGGUUUGAGGAACGUGACAAAGAGUUCAAGGUGUUGACUUGGCCUCCAAAUUCCCCAGAUCUCAAUCCGAUUGAACAUCUAUGGGAUGUGCUGGACUAAGAUGUUCGAUCCAUGGAGGCCCUACCUCGCAACUUACAGGAUCUGCUGCUAACGUCUUGGUGCCAGAUACCACAGGACACCUUCAGAGGUUUUGUGGAGUCCAUACCUCAAGGGGUCAGAGCUGUUUUGGUGGCACAAGGGAGACCUACACGAUAUUAGGCAGGUGGUUUUAAUAUUGUGGCUGAUCGGUGUAUACUGCGUUCCAUUUCUUUUACUAAAAUGCCUUUUAUCUUAUGUCAGUGUUCUCACAGUAGUAAAAACUGAAAAUGUCAGGGAUUUUUAAAAUUGAUUUCCAGGCCAGGAAAAGUCAUGAGAAUUUCUAUGGGAAUAUAAUGGUUUAAAAUAUGUAAUUGGCUAGAUAUUGCUCUUGGUAAAGUAAAACGUGUUGCAAGCCACAAUUAUAACACUGGCCUGUUCACAGUACAGAUGUUAACUGAUUGCCCAGCUUGAUUAGGCUGGUCAUUUGAGUGAUUUUAGAGGGGUUUGAGCACUUUUUAGCUGGUCAGGCUAGAGGAACAACUGGUAACCACCUGAGCACCAGAUGGCUGGAAGACCAUCUUAAACCAGCUAAAACCACAAUAGGUUAUUAAAGACAUUUAUUACCUACUUUCCAAGUAUAAUCGUUUAAAAAUAUCAAAUCUGCCCAGCUAUUUCUGUAAAAAGUUAUUCUAAAGUGAAUCAUUAUCCAGUAGUCAAGAACAGCUGGAAAGGUCAUGCAAAUGUAUUGGUCUAUAACAUUGGAAACGCUGUUAUAUAUUUGUUGUGGAACAACAAAUGCUCUCUUAAGGUAGGCUUGUGCCUUACAAAAUGCUAAUUACACUUUUAAUAUGUAAAAGUUUUGUAACCAGCACAGGACUGUCGUGUAUGGAGAGAGCAGUUUCCUUACUGUUAAUGAUUAAAGAAUAUUGUACAUAUCAUUUAAAGGGAUACAGUAGUUCACCCAAAAAUGAAACUUCUCAUUUACUCACCCUCAUGCCAUCCCAGAUGUGUAUGACUUUCUUCUGCAGAACACAAAGAUUUUUAGAAGAAUAUUUC